AUGGCUGCCUUAGCAAGAGAGCUGCUGGGAUCUGCUCCCUGCUGUGAGGGAUGUGAGGAUGGAGAAACCUCGAUUGAAGCCGAACGGCAACCAGAGUGGUAUAAAACUGAACCAGAACACAAGAAUGAGGACAGAAUUGGAGCACCUCGGAAUAGAUGCGAGUACAAGACUUUGCACCAGCUGAAGUUGCCUUGGAAAGCCAUGGCUGCCGCCCCUCAUCUCAACUCCGAUGCACUCCGAGAGGUCCUGGAGUGCCCCAUUUGCAUGGAGUCCUUCACCGAGGAGCACCUGAGACCCAAGCUCUUACACUGCGGGCACACCAUCUGCAAACAGUGCUUGGAGAAACUCCUGGCAAACAGCAUUAACGGGAUACGGUGCCCCUUUUGCAGCAAAAUCACGCGGAUCACCAGCUUAGCUCAGCUGACUGACAAUCUUACUGUGCUGAAGAUCAUAGACACCACCGGACUGGGGGAAGUGGUGGGUCUCCUCAUGUGCAAGGUCUGUGGGAGAAGGUUGCCAAGACACUUUUGCAAGAGCUGCAGCUUGGUUUUAUGUGAGCCGUGCAAGGAGGCAUCGCACACGCCCCAAGGGCAUAGAGUCAUUGCUAUCAAAGACGCCGCUGCAGAGCGUAGGAGGGAAUUUGGGACGAGGGUUGCCAGACUUCGGGAGCUCAUGGAUGAUCUGCAGAAAAGAAAAGCAUCUCUGGAGGGUGUUUCGAGAGACCUGCAGUCUAGGUACAAAGCAGUUCUGCAAGAUUACAGCAAAGAAGAGCGCAAGAUCCAGGAAGAACUGGCCAGGUCACGCAAGUUCUUCACCACUUCUUUGUCGGAAGUGGAGAAGGUAAAUAACCAAGUAAUGGAGGAGCAAGCUUAUCUGCUGAACUUAGCAGAAGUGCAGAUAAUGUCUCGCUGUGACUAUUUCCUUGCCAAAAUAAAGCAGGGAGAUAUCGCUCUCUUGGAGGAGGCGGCAGAUGAGGAAGAACCAGAACUAACAAACAGUCUCCCGAGGGAGCUCACUCUUCAAGAGGUUGAACUCCUUAAGGUGAGCCACGUGGGACCACUGCAGAUCGGGCAGGUGGUGAAGAAACCCCGGACUGUUAACGUGGAGGACUCGCUCAUGGAAACUGCGGCAUCCUCACUGGCGGCAUUCAGGGAGCCUGACCUGGUGCAAGAGGAGGCCAGCUGCACGCCCCAUUCCUCACCAGCCAAGCCAAGGAUGCCUGAAGCAGCCGCGAGCAUCCAGCAGUGUCACUUCAUCAAGAAGAUGGGCUCCAAGGGCAGCCUGCCCGGGAUGUUUAACCUCCCUGUCAGCCUACACGUCACCCUGCAAGGCGAGGUGCUUGUGGCAGACCGAGGCAAUUUCCGAAUCCAGGUUUUUACCCGCAAGGGCUUUCUGAAGGAGAUUCGCCGGAGCCCGAGCGGAAUCGAUAGCUUCGUAUUGAGUUUCCUCGGAGCGGACUUGCCCAAUUUGACUCCCCUUUCUGUUACCAUGAACUGCCAUGGCCUGAUAGGCGUGACUGACAGCUACGAUAACUCCGUCAAGGUCUACACCAUGGAUGGUCACUGCGUGGCGUGUCACCGGAGCCAGCUCAGCAAGCCCUGGGGCAUCGCCGCCCUGCCCUCUGGGCAGUUUGUAGUGACCGACGUGGAAGGAGGGAAGCUCUGGUGUUUCACGGUGGACCGUGGCGUGGGGGUAGUAAAGUACAGUUGCUUAUGUAGCGCAGUGCGCCCCAAGUUUGUCACCUGCGAUGCCGAAGGGACCAUAUACUUCACUCAAGGGCUGGGGCUUAACCUGGAAAACCGGCAGUACGAACACCAUUUAGAAGGAGGCUUCUCCAUCGGCUCCGUCGGCCCCGAUGGGCAGCUGGGACGCCAGAUUAGCCACUUCUUCUCCGAGAACGAGGAUUUCAGGUGCAUUGCUGGGAUGUGUGUCGAUGCCAGGGGAGACCUCAUUGUUGCUGACAGCAGCCGUAAAGAAAUCCUGCAUUUUCCUAAAGGAGGUGGCUACAACAUCUUAAUCCGGGAAGGGCUCACCUGUCCUGUCGGUAUCGCCAUUACCCCCAAAGGGCAGCUGCUGGUGCUGGACUGUUGGGAUCACUGCAUUAAGAUCUACAGUUACCAUCUGAGAAGAUAUUCCACCCCUUAA